AGUGAGAGGUCUAUCUACAUGCAAAUCUCCAAAAUCUGUAAAGAGACUAGGGUUUCAGAGUAAACAAUAACCAAAAGAGUGAGCGGAGCUGAAACAGCCAUGAUCCGGCUUGGUUCGAAAGAGAUGAGGUCUAACACUUCACCACCUUUGACAAGGUCCCAAACCUACCCGUUGGAGAGGAUUCCUCUAGAAAUGAAAGAGGAGAUUCUCAUGAAAUUGAAGGGCAAAUACAUCUCCAAGUUCAUCAGCGUUUCAAAAUCAUGGUCAUCAAUAGUCCGUAGCAAACGUUUCACCAAGUUGUACCUGAAUCGAUCUUUGGCUCAGCCACGUAUCCUUCUCAUUGACCGUGGAGACAGGGAGAAGCAGCUCUUCCACUCUUUCUCUCAGGAGGAUCCAUCUUCUGAUCAUCAUACGGUCAGUUGUAACCGGUAUGACUUUUCUCCACCUGUUUGUGGCUUGAUUUGCGGUCUAAAUGAUCAUAAUCUAGUGAUGAUUGGGAAUCCUAGUACUUCUCAGUUCAUAACUUUACCGAGAGUCAUAUCGGUGAGAAAAGACAUAAGCUGCUUCUUAGGAUAUGAUCCUGUUAAUGGUGAAUACAAAGUGCUGUGCAUGAUGAUACCACGUGGAUAUCAUCAUCUACGUAGAACAUCAUCAAGAGCUGUUGCGUACUCGCAGGAGCAUCAAGUUUUCACUAUAGGAGCAACAAGUAAGAGAUGGAGAAACAUCGAAUGUAAGCAUAUCCAUUAUACUCGUCGUAGAUCUCAAGGGAUAUGCAGCAAUGGGGUUGUGUAUUACCUAGCUUGGAUCAACGUUGUUCGCUCUCUGAUAUGCUUUGAUGUGAGGUCUGAAAAGUUUAGUGUCGUUAAGUUGCCCGGGGUCGUCCAACUUCUAUCCAACUACGGCGAAACAAUAGCUGUAACGAAUUCGUUAACCGACGCUACACUUGACUUGUGGGUUCUUGAAGAUGCCAGCAGACAAGAAUGGUCAAAAGUGUCAGUCGUGAUUCCUUCUUGGAAUGAUUCAUUUAGGUGGUCUCAAGCAGCAUUCAGGUUCAGGGGUACACUUGGCACCGGAGAGCUUGUAUUUGCACCCAUCUUUGUCACAGACCCAUACUUUCUACUAUGUUACAAUCCCAAGGAAAGCAAAGUUAGAAAAAUCAACAUUGAAGGAAUUGGGAGUCAAUUUACUUCUAGACAUGUCUAUUUAAAUCAUGUUGAGAGUCCUAUGUUUCUGGAACCUGUUCAUCACUAGUUCUUCGGCGACUUGGUGUUGCCUGAACUACUCUCUCUCCCUAUCUCUCUCAAACUCUCAAACUCUCAAACUCUCAACUCUCAAGUGUUUCAGUCAAGGUGUCGAAUAAUGUUAUUUUUGUUUAAGACUUUGUGUCCUGGUUGGAUUAUGAUAAAUGGUAUUGUAUGCUUAUGGAUAAUGACUUGUUUUAAAGAGUUUUGUGUUGGCUUUA